UCUGAAGACUCGCGCGCUCUUGUGAACUCAAUUUACGCGUCGAGAAUAUUUCCUUAAUUCAGGAUUCAUGAAGCAGGAUUGACUGAAGGUAGAAUUUAACACAUUUUAGCAGUACAAAAUGUGCGAAGAAAGCGACAACCACUUUGGAACGGAUGUUUUUCAGACUGGACAGAUGAAGAUCUCCGAUGGAAACUUGGAUCAGGCUGAAAUCUCUGAAUGUAGAGACACGAACAUUGUUCCAGCCUGUAACACGCGUUUAUACCGGAGGAGAUGGCUCAUUCUGAUGGUCUUUAGCUCGUAUUCACUGUGCAACGCGUUUCAGUGGAUCCAGUAUGGGAUCAUCAACAACAUCUUCAUGAAGUUCUACAACGUCUCUUCAUUCGCCAUCGACUGGCUGUCAAUGAUCUAUAUGCUGACUUACAUCCCCUUCAUCUUCCCAGUGACAUGGCUGUUGGAGAGGAAGGGGCUACGGGUGAUCGCUCUGUGCGCAGCUGCGAUCAACUGCGUGGGAACCUGGAUCAAAGUGGCCAGCGUCCAGCCGAACCUGUUCUGGGUCACGAUGCUCGGACAGUUCGCCUGUUCCUUUGCGCAGGUGUUUAUUUUGGGAAUGCCGUCUCAGGUGGCGUCCGUGUGGUUCGGAUCUGAUGAGGUGUCCACCGCCUGCGCCAUCGGCGUGUUUGGAAACCAGCUUGGCAUUGCUAUUGGCUUCUUGAUCCCGCCGGUUCUUGUGCCCAACGUGGAUGACAUGAAUGAACUGGCUCAACACAUCAGCGUCAUGUUCUACAUCACAGCCGCUGUGGCCAGCCUCAUCUUUCUGCUGGUCGUGUUUGUGUUUCAGGAUAAACCCGAAACCCCUCCGUGUCUGGCUCAGGUCACUCUCAGACACAUGCCCACCACACAGUACUCGUACCUGGCUUCAAUCGCAAGACUUUUCCACAACAAGCCCUUCAUCCUCCUCCUCAUCAGCUACGGCCUGAACGUUGGAUGUUUCUAUGCCGUUUCCACCCUGUUGAACAGGAUGAUAAUAGAGCAUUACCCUGGUGAAGAGGUGAAUGCUGGGAGAAUUGGCUUGACUCUCGUCAUCGCUGGCGUGGUCGGCUCUCUGCUCUGUGGAAUCUGGCUAGACAAGACCAAGACUUAUAAGGAGACAACGCUCUCAGUGUAUCUGCUGUCGUUUGUGGGGAUGGUGAUCUACGCAUUCACCCUAAACUUGGGUCAUCUGUGGGUUGUGUUCCUUACAUCAGGACUGCUGGGGUUCUUCAUGACGGGUUAUCUACCGCUGGGCUUUGAGUUUGCAGUGGAGCUCACGUACCCAGAGUCAGAGGGAACAUCAUCUGGACUGCUCAACUGCUCAGCACAGAUGUUUGGAAUCACAUUCACCAUCAUUCAAGGCAAAAUCAUUGAUCACUUCAGCACACUGGCCGGAAACAUCUUCCUCUGUGUGUUCCUCCUCAUCGGCUCCAUCACGACAGCACUCAUAAAAUCUGACCUGCGGCGACAGAAGGCCAACAGUCAGCCUCAGACAGAGCUGAUCGCUGACUCAUUCAUCAAUUCCCAAGAUGGGAAAUCAUUACCGGCAAAAGAGGUGAAGAUGUAAAGAUGGAAACCAUCGGAAUCAAACACAACAUCACAACUCCAUAUGAACCAUCGUAUGCACAAAUCCUCCUGAACUUCACGCAGUACAAAAAGUGGGAGGCUGUUGAAUUCAAUUCACACAAGUAUGUUUUAAUAUGUGUCAUGAUGUGAAUCUCAUGACAACUGUACAGCACACGGGAAAUAAGAGAAGAAAUUAUUUCAGGAAUAUCUUCAGUGAUUUAUGUGUGUUAUAGUGAGUAGUGUAAUGUGUGACUGAUUACAGUGCCCUGCAUCAUAUUUGCUUAAUGAAAUCCAAGAUGACUUUCUCACUCAUUUUGGGUGCCGAUUCCAAAAAUAGUGUAUGUUCUGACAAAGUAUGAUGCAUUUUGUAGCAUUGAUGCCUAAUCCUUAUUUCAAGAUCAUAUUUAUGGUCAGUGACGGAAGAAAAUUAGAAAAUGUUCAAGUUUUAAGUCAUGAAAUUUAGUAUUUGAACAUGUGUUUACAGUCUGUAACAUAGUUUGGUUAAAAUUUCUCAAUGGUAGUGUAAAAAACACGUUUUUACCCUGACAUAACUCUUUUCAGAACAAGGCAUUUUGUAGCAUGUUCCUUUAAAUGUUAAUGAGCUCUGCUGACUCAGUCCAGUCUGUGCUGAAACGCUACUGUCAGUCAAACUAUUGUGGGAGGGGCCUGUUUCUGUGACAUCAUGAUUUGAGAAAGUGGAAAUGAUUUGAGAUAAAAAAAAAAAAUAAUAAAAAAAACAGGUGGAUUUUUAUCAUUAUAGGGUGGUUGUGUACACACACUGCCAACACACCAGUUCAUUUUAAAAAACUUGUAAAAGUGCUUGUAACAUCUGAUGACCUCGAAUGUCGAAUGUCUGUGUCGACCCUUUUGUCUCCUUUCAACAAAUUUGCAAACAACUACAUUCCUUAAGGUCAUUCAGUUCACUUUAUUAAUUUCAUAUGGCUUCAGAUAUCCAGAAUACUGCCCUGCAAACAAAGUGCUGCACACUGAUUAUGAGUGUAGUUUGUGUGUCACAGCACAGACCCUGCUCUCAGAGACAACUCAACACUUCUGUGUGUAGAUAGUUUCUGUUAGCAGUCUGUGUGGAUGUGGAUGUUGUUCACUUACAGUAUUUCUAUAGAAACAUUCUUGGUGUAAAUUGAGUCUGACAUUCAG